AUGAUCGAUAAUAAAACAAGUAUAGAUAAUAAAAAUAAAUCAUUUACAACAAUAGCUACUAAAAUAGAAUCAAAUCAAAACAGCAAUAGUAAUAGUGGUGAAAGUCAAACUACUAGUACAGCAGUAACUACAACAAUUGAAACUACAAUAGUUAGAAAACCGUUACCUUUUAAUAGUUCAUUUGUUAUAGUUACUGAACAACAACAACAACAGCAACAACAACAACAACAGAAACAACAACAACAACAACAACAACAACAACAACAACAACAACAAUUUAGAAAAGAAAAAAGAACAUCACAAAUAAAAGAUAGAAUGCUUUCAAUAGAAUAUCCAUAUGAUAAUGAAGCAGAGUUGGUUCGAUGUUGUGUUAGUGUUGGUGAUAGUGUCGAUAUAGGUGAUACUCUUGCUAUCUUUAAGAUAAAGUCUGGUACCACUCCACCAACACCUACAUCCCCAAAAUCACCAUCUUCACCAACUAACAAUGAUCAGCAAUCAUCAUCAUCAUCUUCUUCUUCUUCUUCAUCAACAAAAACAACAUCAUUAACUUCACAAUAUGAUGGUAUAGUUAGAACAACAAUCGAUAAAUCUAUUAAAUCUUUUAAAAAAGGUGAUAAUCUAUUUACUAUUGAACAUUGUUCACAUGAAGUACAAUUUAAAGGAUUAUGUGCAACAUGUGGUCGUGAUCUAUCGGAGAAGAAAUCGACCAAGCAGACAGGACCUUCGAAUCUUUCAAUUCUUCAUGGACAUUCUCAUCUGACGGUAUCACACAACGUAGCACAAAAGAUUGAGAAUGAGAAUGCUAAACGUCUUAUCAAACAAAGAAAGCUAUCGCUCGUAUUGGAUAUCGAUCAUACAAUCAUUCAUGCUAUUAUGGAACCACACUUUAUGGAAGUACCUUACUGGAGAAACAUCGAUUGUGAAAAAGAAAACAUACGUUCUAUAACUUUAGGAAAUAUGAAAUAUUAUAUUAAAUUAAGACCUUUUCUUUAUAAAUUCUUGGAGGAUGUAAAUAAGAAAUUCGAAUUACAUAUUUAUACUAUGGGUACGAGGAACUAUGCUUUGGAGAUUGCAAAAUUGAUAGAUGAGAAACAAGAGUUGUUUAAAGAGAGAAUUCUGUCGAGAGAUGAUACCACCGAUAUGAGUUUCAAAACAUUACAGAGAUUAUUCCCUUGCGACGAUUCUAUGGUGUUGAUUGUUGAUGACCGUUCAGAUGUAUGGAAAAGAUCAAAGAAUUUAGUUCAAAUUUCACCAUAUUUAUAUUUCGUUGGAUGUAAAGAUAUGGUUAAUCUAUUACCAUCAGAGAAACAUUCACCUCAUCAAACUAAAUCAGGUGAUGGAACAACAACAACAACAGAAGAAGAAAAGAAAGAUGAUGAACAAAAGAAAGAAGGAGAAGAUCAAGAUAAAGAUAAAGAGAAAGAUAAUGAAACAACAACUACAACAAAUGAGAUAAAGAAAGACAACAAUGAAGAAACAAAAGGAGGAGAAGUUAUUAAAGAAGAUGAAUUAAAAGAAACUAAAGAUAAUAAUAAUAAUAAUGGAAAACAAAUUGAAAUCACUAAUAAUAAUAAUAAUAAUAAUAAUAGUAAUAAUAAUAGUGAAAGAAAUAUAAAUAUAAGUAGUAAUGAUAUUAAAAAUGAUAAACACCUUUUAACUGUUUGGAAUCAACUUUCGGAAGUACAUAGAAUUUAUUAUGAAGAGUAUGAUAAAGGAAAUAAAUUACAUGUAGCCGAUGUAUUAUCAAUUGUAAAAAAGAAAAUAUUAAAUGGUGUUAAUUUGGUUUUUAGUGGUGUCUAUCCUUUGCAACUACCAGCACACAGACAACCACUGCGGCUUUUAGCAGAGGAAUUGGGUGCUACCGUACAGAAUGAUAUUACUAAUACUACAACUCACGUUGUUGCUGCAAGAAAAGGAACAUCAAAAGUACAUAAAGCAAUUUCAAAAGGUUUGAAAAUUGUUAAUCAAAAUUGGAUUGAACAGUCUGCUUUCCAAUGGCAACGUUUGGAUGAAGCUGACUUUCCUGUUCAAGGUGAAGAACCGGCUCUAGAGAACAUACCCCCAAAGUCAACAGAGAAAUUGGACAAUAUCAUAUCGACACACAUCGACGAGUUGAAAAAGACGUUUGACGAUGCCGAUCAAGAGUUGAAUGAGUUUCUCGAUGGCGAAGAUGAUUCCUCUGGCUCAGAGAAUGGCAGCAAUAGCAGUGGUGACUCUGACCGAGAGAUGGAAGAAGAUGUCGAUAGUGAUGAAAUGCAAUCGAAUCAUACCGAAGAUAUGCAAGCCGGAGAAGAAGAAGAAGAAGAUCAAGUUGGUGCCAAGAGAAAGAGAAUCGAUGGAAGUGCUUCAAUUGAUAAUGGCUUUGAAGAAAAAUCAACCAAAUUAAACAGAAACGGAAAAGAACAAAAGCAUAACGAUGAAGAGGAAAUAGAUGAAGUAGAAGAAGAAGAAGAAGAUAUUGGUGAGGAAAUGGCUGAUGAUGAUUUAGAAGAUUUCUUGAAAGUGGUAGAUUCAAAUUCAAUCAUUUCUCUCAUUAAUUUAAUAUGGAACUGGAUACUUAGACAAUCUAUCUUAAGCUCUAGAUUCCCAGAUUUUUUAGAAAUUUUAGAGUAUGAUAUAGAUCGACGAAUAAGUAAUAUUGUUUAA